AUGCAACCAACAUCUCCAAAUAGUCGCAGACACCCGCGUCCUACCUCUCCUUCUAGGGGAAGGUACGCACCCAUUCCCGGCUUUAUAAACAAACCGCGGCCCCAAGCCCGUCCAAUGGAAGACAUGAGUAUUCGCGAGUUGCACGAUAUUUAUGACAGAAAUGCUCGAGUUCUUUCUCAACCUGCACCUUCCACCUCGACCUAUAUUCCUCGCCUUCAGCGCGAACAGACCAAGAUUGAAUCAUUGCUUCUCGAGCGCGGCGUAGACGAUCUCCGAGAUGGUAUGGAACACACCAGUAUCAACGGAGAUGCCGAGGCCCACACCAGCAUGAACUCCCAGGCUUCACCUUCACUCGUGAAUUCUCCGAUGUCCGUUACAAGCUCGACGCAGAUCCCUGGGCCUGUAGCGGCGAAGAGCGCAAACUCGCAUAAUAGCUUCUCAAUCCAAGAAGCCGUCGCAUUGGAACAGGAAGCUCACCGACUCGACCAGGAGCGAAAGGAGCGUCUGGAAGAGAAGAGGAAACGGCACGGGCAUCCCAUCGAGGGUGAAACCCGCCAACAACGCGAAGCCCGGAUCUGGGCUUUCAUGAACCAUAAACCUACUGAAUCGGAUAUGGAAGACGACGACGAAGAAGACUCGGAUGACGAUCCCGCAAAUUGGUUCGUAGAUGACCAAGAGGACGGCAUCAAAGGUCAGGAUAUCAUCGAGCCCGAUGACGAGGGUCUUGAGGACGUCAUACGCAUUGACCAGAGCAGGGUAGGCUAUAGCACGUUCUAUGAGCCGAGAGAAGAGGGAGACGUAUGA